AUGUCGUUGUUGGGAGACGUGUGUGUGGUGACGGGGGCGUGCGGGUUCCUGGGGAAGAAUCUGGUCCAGUUGCUCCUGGAGGAGGAGAAGCUGGCUGAGAUCCGCCUGCUGGACAAGACCGUCCAACCGGAACUCGUACGGGACCUGGAGGACAAAAGGGGUGAGACGACUUUGAGCGUGUUUGAAGGGGACAUCAGGAAUGCUGAUCUCCUCAGAAGAGCCUGUCAGGGAGCAUCCAUCAUCUUCCACACUGCCUCCCUCAUCGACGUCACAGGAAGAGUAGAUGAAAGUGAACUCCAUGGAGUCAAUGUAAAAGGGACCCAGAUGCUUCUGGAAACAUGCAUCCAGGAGAACGUGUGCUCCAUCAUCUACACCAGCAGCAUAGAGGUGGCCGGCCCCAAUCCCCAUGGAGACCCCAUUGUCAACGGCAACGAGGAGACCCCUUACUCCACCAGCCUGAAGAGUCCGUACAGUAGGACCAAGAAGGAGGCCGAGGAGCUGUGCCGUCGGGCCCAGGGGGAGGCGCUCCGAAACGGAGGCCGCCUGGCCACCUGCACCCUGCGGCCCAUGUACAUCUUUGGCGCCGGCUGCCGCUUCACUCUGGGCCAGAUGCGUGACGGGAUCCGCAACGGCGACGUGCUGCGGCGGAUGUCACCCCGCGAGGCGCUCGUCAACCCCGUGUUCGUGGGGAACGUGGCCUUCGCUCACCUCCAGGCCGCCCGGGCCCUGCGGGAUCCCCGGAGGAGAGCGCUGGUCGGCGGGAACUUCUACUACGUGGCGGACGACACGCCGCCGGUCAGCUACUCUGACUUCAACCACGUCGUGCUGGCACCGCUGGGCUUCGACAUCCAGGAACGGCCCACCUUGCCCUUCCCCGUCCUCUACCUCCUCUGCUUCCUCAUGGAGAUGCUGCAGAUGAUGCUCCGCCCUUUCGUGCGAUUCACCCCGCCCUUAAACAGGCAGCUCCUGACGAUGCUGAACACACCAUUCUCGUUCUCCUACCAGAAGGCCAAGAGGGAUUUGGGAUACACACCGCGAUACGGCUGGGAGGAGGCUCGCAAGAUCACCACUGAUUGGCUGGCCUUAAUGCUGGCCAAGGAGAGAGCACAUAUGAAAGCCAAAUGAUUUUAAAUGUCAAAAAAGUGUGUUUAAAUGUGUAAUCUUUUGGAUAGACCGCACUGAAAGAA